AUAGUGAUUAUGUGGGAAGGCUCGCCGAGAGAACAUCAGUUCUGCGCCUGCGUGUGUCAUCUGGUUGAAGUUUUCGCGCGCAAGAACCUCUGGAUUUUGGAGCGGGAAGCGCAAUAACAUACCGGGGUCUGUGCGGAGCUGCAUCAUGAGUUUGUGGGUUGAUAAGUAUCGGCCGAGUUCCCUCUCCAAACUCGAUUACCACAAAGAACAAGCUGUGCAGCUCCGUAAUCUGGUACAAUGUGGAGACUUUCCUCAUCUGCUUGUCUUUGGGCCGUCUGGAGCGGGAAAAAAGACAAGAAUCAUGUGCUUGUUGAGAGAAUUAUACGGCGCAGGAGUAGAGAAGCUUCGAAUUGAGCAUCAGACUAUCACAACCCCAUCUAAAAAGAAAAUUGAAAUUAGCACUAUAGCAAGCAAUUAUCACCUGGAAGUGAAUCCAAGUGAUGCUGGUAACAGUGAUCGAGUUGUAAUUCAAGAGCUGUUAAAGACAGUUGCGCAGUCUCAACAGCUUGAGACAAGUACUCAAAGAGAUUUUAAAGUUGUCUUGCUUACUGAAGUUGAUAAACUUACUAAAGAUGCUCAACACGCCUUGCGAAGAACAAUGGAGAAAUAUAUGUCUACAUGCAGACUCAUUUUGUGUUGUAAUUCUACAUCCAAAGUAAUUGCUCCCAUUCGAAGUAGAUGUUUGGCUGUGCGUAUAUGUGCUCCCAGUGUUGAUGAGAUUUGCACUGUUCUGUUCAGUGUCUGUAAGAAGGAAGGGCUGAUUCUUCCUCAGGAACUUGCUCGCAAAAUUGCUGAAAAAUCUGGUAGAAAUCUCAGAAAAGCACUUCUAAUGUGUGAGGCGUGUCGAGUACAACAGUACCCCUUUUCUGCAGACCAAGAUUUGCCUGAAACAGAUUGGGAGGUAUAUGUUAAAGAGACCGCAAAUGCCAUUGUAAGCCAACAGACACCGCAAAGGUUGCUUGAGGUUCGUGGGCGGCUUUAUGAGCUUUUGACUCACUGUAUCCCACCAGAAAUCAUAAUCAAGUGCUUGUUAUCAGAGUUGCUAAAUAACUGCGAUGGACAGCUGAAAUGUGACGUGGCGCAGAUGGCUGCCUACUACGAACAUCGACUGCAACUCGGCAGCAAAGCCAUCUAUCACCUGGAAGCAUUUGUAGCAAAGUUUAUGGCCUUGUACAAGAGGUUCAUGGAGGAUGGGCUAGAAGCUAUGAUGUUCUAAUACACUGUGUAUUAGUCUGUCAGGGUCAAGUACUCUGUUUACAUAUAAUGAUAAAAACAGAAAUUAUAUUCUGCAGUGUUGUAUUUUGUACAUAAUUUUUGAUGUGUAAAAAAAAAAAAAAAAAAAUGUACAGUAAUAGAACCUUCUUUUGUUUUUGACCCAAUGCAGUAUAGCUAACUGCAGUAAUGAACGGGCAACAUCACCAUGGAAAUGUCCCCUGUCUGUGUCUAAUAGGUGGCAUCUGCACUAUUGGAGUGCUGCCUAUAACUGUUUGACCUGUAUUCAGCUCUGGGAUUUUAUUCUGGUGGUUUCCAGCCACAAGCAAUUAUUGCUGGCAAAAUGCUUCUUGUAUCCACCUUAAAUGAAUUUGUCAGAUUACAUUCCCUCAUCUGGUUGUUACAAUAGCGCAGUAGUGCAUUUGGAGAUUUUGUGUGUUUAAAAAAAACUUCAUCUGUCCUCUCCUGACUAUUGCUUUCCUUUACAGGUUAUGUUAAAUACAACAUACAAUAUUUAUGUGAAAAAUAUUCAUUGUGUGAAUCAUUCCUUGUACAUGUUAAAUAUUAAAUACCUGUUUUGUUAACAACUG